AUGGCUCAUGCUCUGAUCUUUGGCGCGUCCGGUAUCUCGGGUUGGUCGCUUCUGAACCAGACUAGAGUAUAUCCAUCCGAGACAGCAUUCAAGCGAAUCACUGGCAUAACAAACCGCCCACUCGCCCUUAAUCAGGCGCUUAUCGCUGAAGAUGAGAGGAUCAAGCUUGUUUCCGGUAUUGAUUUGAGGACUGGAGUUGAAGAGGUUGUGGCAAAACUUCAGGACCAGAUUCUUGACGUUGCCACAGUAACUCAUGUCUUUUUUACCGCAUACAUUGAGGAGAAGACUCCUGAAAAGAUGAAAAUAACAAACACACAUAUACUAGAGGUUGCUAUCCAAGCUGCUGAGAAGGCUGCACCCAAUUUGAAGACAUUCAUUCUUCAAACUGGCGGAAACGGAUAUGGACUAGAAUUUCCAGACCAAGUGCAAAUCAAGACGCCCUUGUCAGAGUCCUUUCCUCGUAUUCCUGAACCUUGGGCAAGCAAGGUAUUUUACUACGCGCAACAUGACCUACUCGUAGCGGCGUCCCGGAACAAGAAGUGGACAUUUUCCGAGAUUCGACCAGAAGUCAUUGUUGGCUUUUCUCCGUCAUCGAACUUCAUGAAUCUGGCACAAGGCCUUGGCGCUCUCCUCUCACUCUACAAGGAGGUGAAAGGAGCGGGGACCUCAUUUCCGUUCCCGGGAACCUUGAGUGGCGAUAACGCCACUUUUACGGACACUUCCCAAGACAUACUCGCUAAAAUGGAGAUCUUUGCCGCCUUGAAUCCAGACACAUGUGGCAAGGGCGCCAUCAUCAAUAUCGCGGACGGGCCGACCAUGACCUGGGCGCAACUAUGGCCCAGACUCUGCGAACAUUUUGGACUUAUUGGGACCGGUCCUCAGGAAAAUAAUACAUCAACACAGGACUUUGUGAGUAAGCACAAGGAUACGUGGCUUGACAUCGCCAAGAGACACGGAUUGAGUGAGACAGUCGUUGAACAAAUGAACUGGGCAUUCAUACACUUUGUGCUGGUUGACUUUGCAUUUGACCGCGACUAUGAUCUAACCUACUCCCGAAAGUUGGGAUUCACGGAGAAGGUCGACACUGUGCAGAGUUACAUCACCGCGUGGGAACGGAUGAGACAGGCAAAGAUUCUGCCACCUAGGGGGUUUUGA